AGAAAAGGGCCUCGAUCAAGCAGGCAAACGAAAGAAUUAUGGUAGCUUAUUGAUAGAAUUUUAAUUUUUGACGAUUCAAGUUAUUGUAUACGCUACUAGUUGUUGUGUGUGCGCUCAGUUAGCUAUUCCUUUUAAUUGGUGACCCGGUAAUACGGAAAUUCCAGUCUGAUCAGGGUACCAGGUUAUAGAGCCAUCGUCACUCCGUGGUUCACAUAGGACAAAGAAAAUGCCCCAGCUCCCUGUGCGAAGUGCAACCGGUGGGGGAGACCCAGAGGCGAAGAGAAGAAAGAUUCGCAAGGGGACACAUAGUUGUUGGGAAUGCCGAAGGAGAAAGACCCGUUGCCAAUAUGCCUCUGACACAGCCGCCAUCUGCAUUGGUUGUCAAGCACGAGGGACAAACUGUGUAAGCCAGGAAUUUCCUAACGAACAGUCACAUUCAUCGGAACGAGGUCUGUCGCAGCGGAUGAAUAGGGUAGAGGGUAUGCUUGAAAGGAUAAUCGAGAGAAUUACGCCCGGUUCUUAUAAUCAUAGCCAGUCGCGUGGUAAAGCCUCUACUUCCUCCGCCUCGGUCGAAGAUGAAUUAGAAGACUUAUCACCAGACAUCCUCCGUCCGUCGGCGGCAGACCACCCUCAUGUGAUUGGUAUCUUCGAUGCCCUACGAGAGGAGGGAGGGUCUUGUCCUUCAGCCCGCACAUCGUUUGUGCCGACUCCAGCAUCAACCCAGAGUGACACAGCGCCGGGUCUUCCUGUCAAGUUCUCACAUAUCUCGAAAACUCUCCACGCGACGUUUCCAUGUCAACAUGAUAUCGAUGCCAUAGUAAAGGCUGUAGGGUCCGGUCCAUAUUUUAUCGCGGCAUACUUUACUGGCAUCGAUGGCCCCUUUGAAGACCCGUCCACCGUCUCGGAGGUUCCGCCUCCGACUAGCCAUCCUGCGUUGCUCUCGAAGCGUCUGAUGCAAUUAAUUAACUGCAUGCAGAAGAUAUCUGUAGACGCAAUCCCGAAGGACCUUGUGUCAAAAGAGCCAAUGCGCUUGCAGAUGAAUAGGAUUGUAAAUGUAGUCUUGGACUUAGUGGCUUCCGAUGAUGACCUAGUCGGCUCGGUCGAGGGCCUCGAGACCUUGUGCUUCGUUGCGUUGUACCACGCAAACGCGGGCAAUCUCCGUAAAUCCUGGCUCGCCCUCCGCCGUGCCCUCGCCGUCGCACAGCUCAUGGGCGUGGACAGAUGGCCCAACGAAAAGCCGAUGAAGUCGGUCGACCCACAGUCAGACCCAAGAACGCGCACCCGCGCCGGCAAACUCUGGUACCGCAUCAAUUUUACCGACCGGUACCUAUCGCUUCUUCUCGGGCUCUCCGCCGCCUCCGAGGAUGAUUCUUUCGCAGAACCUAUCCGAAUCGCCGGAGACACGCCGGUCGAGCGUCUGGAGAAGCUGCACACCGUCGUCACAGGGGCCAUUAUCAAGCGGAAUAUGAAUGUCAGCCGCGCUGCCCCGGACUCUGCCUUCGGCACCACGCAAGCCAUUGACUGCGACCUCGAGAUGGCCGCCAAGUCGAUGGGCGCCGAGUGGUGGCAGCCUCUACAAACCUUCGACACGUCCAUGGCGACUCCGCUCGAGCUCGUGCGGGCCCAUGCUCACGUUAUGAUGCAGAUGAACCACCAUCACUUGCUGAUCCUACUACAUCUUCCCUACAUGAUGCGGGACCCUAAGGAGCGGCGCUGGGAUUACAGCAAAACGACGUGCUUGCACGCCUCGCGCGAGCUGCUGCAUGCAUACCUAGUCUUCCGCCAUCUGACCGACGCGGCCUCUGCCUGCCGGCACACGGACUACGGUGCGCUGACUGCGGCUAUGACGUUACUUCUGGGAUACCUCGACCCCAAAUUACGGGUACGGGAUGUGGAAAUAUCAGAACGGCGCAACGCAGACCGUGAUGUGAUCGUCAAGGUGAGGGAUGUCAUGAAGGUGAUGGCUGCGCGGGACGGUGAUAAACUCGCGCACGAGGCCUCCGAUAUUAUCACGAGGCUAUUGCCCCUAGCAGAUGUUGAUUUGACGAUGUCCGGACUCGGAGAGAAUGACGCCCCGGUGCGUCUCGAGAUCCCGUACCUGGGUACUAUCAACAUCAACCCGGUGCGCAGGCAACCGCAACACAACCCCCGGCAAGACAGUAGCGGCAUGUUACCAUCCCCAACCAACCGCAAUAAUAGCAGAGAGGAAUGUGGUGAACUUGAACGCCUUAGUGUUUACCCUUCGCCCACCACCUACCAGGCUCCUGAUAACCCCGACCAUAUGCCAAUGGACAUGGGCCUACAACAGUUUCCUCAAGCCCAAUCGAGUUUUCUGUCCUCUCUUGGAGAGGAUGCCAAUUUCUCAUUCAUGCAAUUCGAACCGGAUAUAUCUUCGCCAUACCAAUUCCCCGAGCUCGCGGCUGAUGUGGAUCAGUGGACUUUUCAGGGGUUCGACGCGACCUUUUUCGAGAACCUGCUUUCAUAAAAGCAUACCCUCUCUUCAGGGCCCUAUAUACCUAGCCAGUCGUUGAAACUUGGGACUUAUGUGUAUAUGGUUCGGUAUAGAUAUCCACGCUUAUAUAUGUAUAUAUAAUUUUAGGAAUGUCUUGUGGA